AUGGGAGCUGGAGCCAGCGCAGAAGAAAAACAUUCUAGGGAGCUGGAGAAAAAACUCAAGGAAGAUGCAGAGAAAGAUGCCAGGACAGUCAAAUUGCUCUUGCUGGGAGCUGGUGAGUCAGGCAAGAGCACCAUCGUAAAACAGAUGAAAAUUAUUCACCAGGAUGGUUAUUCCUUGGAAGAAUGUUUGGAGUUUAUCACAAUUAUCUAUGGCAAUACACUGCAGUCUAUGCUUGCUAUUGUGAGAGCCAUGAACACACUCAACAUUCAAUAUGGAGACCCUGCCCGGCAGGAUGAUGCCCGUAAACUCAUGCAUCUAGCAGACACUAUCGAUGAGGGUUCCAUGCCUAAAGAAAUGUCUGACAUCAUUGGACGCCUUUGGAAGGACACAGGAAUCCAGGCAUGCUUUGACCGUGCAUCUGAGUACCAGCUGAAUGACUCGGCUGGAUAUUAUCUAAAUGACUUGGAGAGGUUGGUGACCCCUGGAUAUGUCCCUACUGAGCAGGACGUGCUGAGGUCUAGAGUGAAGACCACCGGUAUUAUUGAGACCAACUUUGGUUUAAAAGAUCUCAACUUUAGGAUGUUUGAUGUUGGCGGUCAGCGCUCAGAACGCAAGAAGUGGAUCCAUUGCUUUGAAGGCGUGACCUGCAUUAUCUUCAUUGCUGCCCUGAGUGCGUACGACAUGGUGUUGGUGGAGGAUGAUGAGGUGAAUCGAAUGCAUGAGAGUCUGCAUCUCUUCAAUAGUAUUUGUAACCAUCGAUACUUCGCUACCACCUCCAUUGUACUCUUCCUUAAUAAGAAGGAUGUCUUCACAGAGAAGAUUAAGAAAGCCCAUCUUAGUAUCUGCUUCCCAGAUUAUGAUGGUCCCAACACGUAUGAAGAUGCAGGAAAUUACAUCAAAACUCAGUUUCUGGAGUUGAACAUGAGACGAGAUGUGAAAGAAAUAUACAGUCAUAUGACCUGCGCCACUGACACAGAGAACGUCAAAUUUGUGUUUGAUGCCGUGACAGACAUUAUCAUCAAGGAGAAUCUGAAAGACUGUGGUCUUUUCUGAAGAGAUAACCUCAAAUUUCUACUGGAGGCUCUGACCCAACCUUCCUCUUGCCCCAGAAUUCCAAAAACCAUGGAGUGUCUCUCCCAUCUCCUAAAAAGGGGCUUGCAGC